AUGGCAUCCCAAGGAUUCUCCGUUUACGUCGGAAACGUCCCAUACCAGGGAACCGAAGAAGAGAUCGGAAACUAUUUCAGCACUGUCGGAAUCGUCAACAACGUCAGAAUCGUCUAUGAUCGUGAGACCGGACGCCCAAGAGGAUUCGCUUUCGUCGAGUACAGCGAGGAGGCUGGAGCUCAAAGAGCCGUCGAAGAACUCAACGGAGCUGCUUUCAAUGGACGCAAUCUCCGUGUCAACUACGCCAACAAGUAA